CGCACUCACGGCUCAUGGACAAUCAGUCCGCUCAGGCUCGAAAGCUCUGGACGAACCCUGCGCCUGGACUCACUCGCAUUGAUGCUUUCCGUCGGUUUGUCAACAGAACUCACGGUUUGAGUUUGAAGGAUUACUACGAUCUGCACAAAUACUCAGUAACGGAUUAUACGUUCUGGCAGGAUUUAUGGACUUUUCUGGGGAUCGUGUACUCUGUCCCUCCAUCCAAGAUUGUCACGGAGGGGAGAAUUAAGGAGGUCCCGCACUGGUUUCCUGACGCACGAUUCAACUUCGCCGAGAACUUGCUACAGUGGCAGAAUGACAAAGUUGCGAUCAUUGCGCUGGGCGAGCAAGGGAAGAGGAUAACCUAUACAUUUCGAGAGCUUAGAGCGCUUGUCAGAGACAUGAGCUCUGCGAUGAGAGCUCAUGGGCUUCGACCAGGCGAUAGAGUUGCAGCUAUUGUGGCGAAUAAUGUGACCGCCGUGGUUAUUGCUCUCGCUACCCUCACCGUUGGAGCCAUCUUCUCCGGAACAGCUACUGACAUGGGCACGCAGGGGAUACUGGACCGUUACCGCCAAAUUCAGCCAAAACUGCUGUUCAGCGAAGUCGAGUCGGUGUAUGCAGGCAAGACGAUAGGCCUCUUAGCCAAGGCCUCCGCAGUGGCAAAGGACCUGUCAGGGAAGGGUCUUCAUAAAGUCAUUUUACUCCCAAGCUCGAAGACUGGUCUCGAGAUCCCUGCUUCUGAGUUUGCGGGUAUCUCCAAUUCCGUGAACUUGUCUCGUUUCUUGGCCAAUGGUGACGGACAACCAUUAACUUUCGAGCAAGUCCCCUUCAAUCACCCGGUAUAUAUCUUAUACAGCAGUGGCACGUCAGGACCUCCGAAGUGCAUUGUCCACGGCGGUGGGGGUGUUCUCCUGCAAUGUAAGAAGGAUAUAGGAAUCCAUCUCAAUCUCAACGCGGAUGACGUAUUCUUCCAGUACACAACGACGGGCUGGAUGAUGUGGCCAUUCAUGCUCGUUGGUCUCUCUAUCGGUGCCUCUGUCAUCCUCUAUGACGGGUCUUCCUUCUACCCUACCCUCAAAACAUACCUCAAAGUCAUUAACGACGAAGGAGUUGCUCUACUCGGGACGAGUCCGCGCUUCCUCUCAGAAAUCAAAGGCCAGGGGAUCAAUCCAUUGCGCGACAUUGGUCCUUUCGAGUCUCUCCGUAUGAUUGCUUCUACCGGAGCAGUGCUAACAGCCCCGAUGUUCGAAUGGGUGCAGGAGGCAUUCGGACCUGAGAAACAAGUUGUCUCGUCAAGUGGUGGGACAGACGUCUGCGCGGCUUUCGUCAUUGCUGUCCCUGCUCUUCCCACAUAUGCUGGUGAAAUUCAAGGCAAAUCCCUCGGGAUGAAGGUCGAAAUCUUUGACCCUGCAGGGCGUAACAUUGAACAUACCGGUCAAGCAGGGGAACUCGUCUGUACUCGCCCCCAUCCCUCGCUUCCCGUGAAGUUCUGGGGCGACGAUGAGGCGGGCACUAAGUUUUUGAGUGCAUACUAUGAUGUUUAUCCCGGUGUGUACCGCCAAGGUGACUUCAUGGCUGCCAACCCACGGACUAAGGGUCUGAUCAUCUACGGAAGAAGCGAUGGUGUCCUCAAUCCAUCCGGCGUUCGCUUCGGGUCCGGAGAAAUUUACUCCGUCCUUGAACGAUUCACCUCCGUUGUCGACGACACCCUCUGCAUAGGUCAACGCCGACCUCACGAACUAGACGAGCGUGUUCUCCUCUUCGUCAAGAUGCGCCCUGGCCAUAAACUCACUAAAUCCCUCGAGCAACAGAUGCGCGACGCUAUAAAGGAAUCGCUCAGUGCACGUCACGUCCCGAAGUACAUCUUCGAAAUCGCCGACAUUCCGUAUACGGUGAACACCAAAAAGAUAGAGAUCGCGGUGAAGCAGAUCGUCUCGGGCUCGACGAUCAAACCCAGUGGGACUGUGGCGAACCCGGAGAGUUUGCAGCUGUAUUACAAGUAUCGUGAUUUGGAGAAGCUGGUCGGGGAGAAGGCCAAGUUAUGAUCCUAUGUACCUCCAUUGUCUACGAGUAUUCUACUGAUAGACCUGUUCGAGUUCGUUUAUGGGUCAGUGAAAGGCUGGAUAAUGUGAGCAAAUUAUUGAGC